UAUGUUAGCGCUGUCAAAUAGUUUCGCUCUACAAUCCUAAAAUUUUCUUCUUAGUGUUUUUGUGUAUUGAUUGUAAAUUUGUCUAAUGUUUGUGUCCCGAUUUUUUAUUGAAAAACUACAGAUUUUGUUUGUUUUUAAAAGAUAUGACCAUAUCUCCCUCGUUAUUCAUACUUCAAAGAUGUAGUUAGAUCAAAUAUGUUCUAAACAGUAGUUUAGAUCUUUGUUUCCUCAAUCUGACAGUUUCUGAUUGUUAGGCCUAUUGUACCAAUAAUAACGAUAAGCCGCCGAUGAAUCACCGAAAAAUUUUAUAAAUUAUAAAUCAUUUGCUGUUAACUAUUCUAAGAUCCAGCUUGUUUCAUUGGCUCAUUGCUUUAUACAAUUGUGAUCUUCUGAUCCUUGAUUUGCGAAAUAAAUAUAAAAAUAUAUUCAGCUAGUUUUAGUAUGAGGGAUGAGAGAAAUCAACUGAUUCAGCAUAUGAAUGGUAUGAGUGCCCCUCUGUUAGUUGGAGCAUGCCCAGGGACAGCUAUCCCUGUUGCAAUGGUCCCUGUCCUACCCAUGGGUGCUGUCAACGGCAAUGAGCAAGGUCAAGUGCAAGGUGCUAUGCAGGCUGUCACCAAUAUGGGCAACGGUGGUGGUGAUUGCAAAUAUGAUGACAAAAAGCGGAUGAAUUCACCUCAGGCUAUGCAAAAUAAGUCUAUGAAUCGAAAAGUUCCUGCUAAUGGGCCUCACAGGAUGCCUGUCCGUCCUGUGUAUACAAAGCAUCAAGCACCUCUUCGCAACCCAAGCCCUCAGAUCCCCGCCACUGCGAUCCAAACUACUCACCCAUUACGCCCUCCCCAAGGAUGCAUUGCUCCUUAUAUUUCACGCUAUCCUGCUUCAAUUCCUGCUCCUCCUCCCACUUGGACAUCAUCUGCUGCCUCUAUCGGAUGCUAUUCCCCAUCUUCUGUGUCAUCUAUGAAUUCUAAUAUGCCUCGUGGUCCCACUGCUUCUCCUCCCGUCCUCAAUACCAGUACACCCACUAGUACUCAAAGCAUGGGCUCAGCAGGCUCUGGGCUCAACUCUUCUUCCCAGUCUGAACAGCUUAGCAAAACUAACCUUUAUAUUCGUGGACUAACUCAGAACACCACUGAUAAGGAUCUUUUUAAUUUGUGUAUGAACUAUGGCCCUAUUAUUUCUACUAAAGCAAUACUCGAUAAGCAAACCAAUAAAUGUAAAGGUUAUGGUUUUGUUGAUUUUGAAUCUCCUGUGGCAGCAGAAGCAGCUGUUAAAGCUUUAGCAAAUCAAGGUGUUCAAGCUCAAAUGGCUAAAGUAUGUUACACACGGCAACAAGAACAAGAUCCCACCAAUCUGUACAUUGCCAAUUUACCUCCAUUUAUGGCUGAAACAGAGCUAGAAGAAAUAUUGUCUCCAUAUGGUACAGUUAUAUCUACACGUAUUUUGCGUGAUUCUGGAAUGAAUUCAAGGGGAGUUGGAUUUGCCAGGAUGGAUACUCGUGAAAUGUGUGAAGUCAUCAUUUCCAGAUUUAAUGGAAAACUUCUUGCAGGUAGUAAAGACCCUCUGUUAGUGAAAUUUGCAGAUGGAGGAAACAAAAAACGAAAUCAAUUUAAGAGCCAAGAACAAAGGCUAUGGCCAGAAAGAGCUGAAGGAGUUCAGCUGUAUGACCAAAGUGGAAUAAAUCAGAAUGGAAUCACUUCCCAACUUGUAAGUCCAAUCAGUGGAUACCAGAGGUCUUAUUCAACACCAGUUUCACCUUAUCAAUUACAGCCGAGCACUACUUGGGUUCAUCCUCAUCAAUAUAUAGUGCAACAACCAUUGACUCCUAUGAUCCCUUCAUCUAUUGAUCCUAUUCAUUAUGGAGCACUUGUAGGACCUAUGACAGCUCAGUUGUCCCAAAUGCAGAUAUCUGGAACAUCUUUUAUGACUGGGGCACAUCCUGCGUACACAGGGAAUCCUUCAGCUCAAGCACUUUAUCCACAGCCAGCCCAUCUUAUUCAAUCAGUGCCACUCACCGAGGAUCAAAUGGCAGCCGCUGCAGGAAACAAUGGGAAUGAUGAGUCUGCCAUGUAUCAACAGGCUUACAAUCAAGCCAAGUGAACUCUUUUUUGAACUCGACUGAUGCCAUCACUCCUUUGUCACACAUUUUAAAUUUGGAUUCACCAUCUUCAAGCGAUAUCGUUUGGUUUCAUCUGGGGUGUUCCAAAAUAUCUCAAAGUGAUGAAGAACUGGCUUCACAUAAAGUUUAUAGAGAAAAAGUUUUUAUUUUAAUAUUGAACGAAGAAUAAUAAAAAAAAGCUAUUUUUUAAGCCCUAAAAUGUUAUUUCUCGAGAUUCUCUACAUGACAUCCAUUGUUGAUUAUUAAUGAAAAAAAAGAAAGAAGCUACAGCUCUUUAAAACUCCAAUGCAUAGAUCUAGAAAUGCUGGUAGAUCAUUAAUUCUGAACCUAAAGACAUAUUCAAAUGAUGCAAACUUUUUUCCCACAGUUUGCAUGUUUUUCCUUUUUUUUAUGUGUGUGUACACAGACAUUAAGAACAAUUGUUAUGAUUAGUAUCAGAAAAUUUAUGAAAAUUAUAGGAAAUGGAUUCAGAAAGUGAAAUAGUCUCUUAUUGGUUCACUGAUCUAAGGCCAGACAGAUUUCAGAGUUAUUAAAACUCUUACUAUUUUGUGGAAGCAAAAGUUCAAAUACACAAUGUGUAAUGCCUAUUUCGGCAUGACAUAUAUCUCCACACAACAUAAAAAAAAAAAAAAAUGUCAAGAUCUGGCCUUGGGUUGUGACUUCUCAAUACAGAGACUGUAUUUUGUAAAGACAAGUUUCAGUUUAUUUUUUUUCCUUGUAUUUCUGUGUCUGGUCUCAUGAAGUCCCUGUGGAUGUGCAUCGUUUUUUGUGCGUUUGUCUUACGCCUAGAUUUAGAUUUUAAGUGUAGUGCGAUAGGAAUUAGACUUAGGUGUGUUGCGCUUUUCAUAUCUAUGAAGUGACUCUACCACUUCUGCUUCAUCACUAGAACAGCUGCAGCAUGCGUGGAACAGUGCUUUCUCAUCUACUCGUGGGGAAAUGCAUAGCCGAGACUUGAGCCGAGCUAAAAGAAGCCUUUUUCAAAAGCAAGACUACCUGAAAUCUUGUGGACUUGUGCCUUUUUUAUGACCUGCCUCUAGUUUUGGUUUGUGUAUUUCUCUUAAAUCACAUCAUUAUUAGAGUUGUCAUUGAAAAAGUAUGCAGCUUUAUUAGGACUUUAAAAAAUAAAAAAAACUGUUCUUUUUUAUGGAAAGUGAUUUCUUUCAUGGAUAUCACUAACCAUGCAGAUUUAGGGGGAAAAUGAAUUCACAUUGCUUGUAAAUGCUUGAACUGUUUGCAUUGUUUGUGUUUAUUUUUCACUCUUUUUUUUUUCUUCCUUCAUUUAAUUCACAGAGACACAUUGGUGUAAAAAUUCUGAGAUCUGUUAAUGCAUGUGUAUUAGGAGAAUUUUUAAAUGCAUAGCUAAGACAUGUAGAGUUGAUGACACUUGGAAAAUCGCUUUGGAGCUCUUAUUUGUGCGAUGUAGUUUCCAGUUCAUUUAAAUCCUUAUAUCAAGGAGAAAGAUUAUAUAAUUUCAACUGUUCUUCAUUAAAAAAAGAAAUAAUUUAGUUUUGACCCGUUACGGACACAAAACUUGAUAGAACAGUUGCAAAAUUAUGGAAAGAUUCAAUGAGGAUUAUCACUCUAUGUGUCUUACUUAUUCAUGCAAUAUUUGUGUAUAAAAAUGCUCAUUAUAUCUGUAAAUCACAAUUUUAAAUGAAGAAAGUUCUGUGCAGUAGAGUGACAAUGGUAAAAUGUAUGUUAUUUAUUAAAUUUUUCCUUAUCAUUGAUAAGUAUAAUAGUUUCACCUCCCUGAAAUUUUGAGAACCAUGCAAAAGUAUAUUUUGUAUGAAAUUAAAAAAAUUUAGCAUUUCCAUCUUAUGUUAAAUCUAUUUAAAUAAAAAUGUUUUUAACUAUUGUCUAUCUACUGUAGAUUGAGGUACUGUUUUUAGCAAAGAAAAUCGUCGUCUUGCGUGCCUGGUAUAGUUUUUAUUAACAUCUGCUAUAUCAUUCAUUUGUAUAUAUAUAAUUAGUUAUAAUGUGUACUUAAAGAUGCUCUUAAAUAUGAAAGUCAUUAAAAAUAAGGGGAAAAAAGUACAGGGUGUGCUUCAUUUGUUCUUAAAUACUCAUAUGCGAUGGUAACUUUACCAUUAUUGCCAUUUAUGCAACUUAAUAUAAUGAAAAUAAAUAUUUUUAUUAUUCAUUUAAAUAUUCUAUUUGAUAUUCUAUUAUUCUUGAUUUUUUUUUCAAUGAUGUAUAUAUAUUUACAUAGUUAAAUUGAGAGAUGUGCUGAAUACUUGUUUAUUCUUUAUUGAAACUUAAGACUAAAAAAAUAUUUUAAUGUUAUGAAAAUACAAACAUAUCUAUCACAUCGAGUUAACACUGAAAGUGAAUGUGCCUUCGUUUUCAUGAUUGUUAUACUGUCAGAAUAGUUAUGACACCUUCUAUUUACAUAAAAGUAAAUGAAAUCUACUUCCAAGUGAAUGCUGUUUACUCUCUGGACGAUGUUAUUAGAACAGUAUUGCACAGUCUUAGAUAUUCACCGUUGAGAAUAGCGCUAGUUGCCUGAUAAGUAGCCCACCCUGUACUUUUUUUUUCACUAAAGUAAAGAAAGCUUACUGCUGAUUAUUUAUGAAAAAAGGAAGUUGAAGUGUGAAAGGAAUUUUGUUUUUUAUUUUAUGUUUAUAAAAGUAGACUGGAACUUUCUUCCUCAUACCAUUCAUAGUCAUUACUAACAAACUGUUUGUGUUGUAUCAUUUUGAAUCUUCUGUGUUUGUUUUUUUUUUUUUCAGUAAAAGGUAUUUCACUAAAGAAGCACUUAAAUGUCCUGAUUGUUGAAUUUCAUAGUUGCUUUAUUUUAAUUUAAGCCAUAUUUUGAAUAUUUGUUGAAUAUACUUUUAGUAGCAAAAUUUAUUACUCACAACUGUAAGGGGCGAUAAAAACUUGUUAAUACAAAAAACGUACAAUUUUGCAGAGCCAUAAAAUAAAAGUGACUGCUUUGUAAGAAUGGAGGCUAGAUAAUUAUUGGAGACUUAACAACAGAUGCUCAAAUAAAUUAUCAGUUGCAAUGUAGGUUGCACAUCUGCAACGGGGACUCGAAUUGACAAUAAAAGAUUCUUGCCAUUUCGCUAAUGUCUACAGCUGUGGUGGGCGAUUCAAGAUUAUAUUCAAUCUGUUCGGAAAGACAUUGUCCACAUAGUUGCGGCAAACAAACACCCUUUGUGUCCCAUUGCUUCCCGACCCAACAUGGAAUGGUAAAAACUGUAUUGGUGAGUUCUGUCACCCCUUACAGCUGUGAUUAUUAGUUUUAUGUCUUGUAUUUAUUUUGUAGUUUUUGAUACAAAAUAUUUCCACUAAUUUUAGCUAAUAAUCACAAGACAAGAAUGAUCAAAAAGCCUUUACUUUACAAUAAUGUAGUUACAAGAAAUUGUUUCCAUUGUAAAUUAAUGAUAGCUUAAAUAUAAGUUAAAUUUUGAAUUAUUUAAAGUCGGACACAGAUAAUGUACAAAUUGCUAGAUGCAAAAUACAGUGUAUCCUUUUUUUUUUCUUUUUUUUUUAAGCUUUUACUUUUGGUGUCUAAUCAUUUAAAGUAUUAAUUUAAAUACAUUUUCAAGCUAAAAUUGAUUAGCUUUAAUAUACUAAUCAUUGCUUUUUUUUUUCUUCUUUUUUUUUAAUAACAUGCCUUAUUAUAUGAUGCUUUUUCUCCAAAGUGUAUUAUAUGAAUCAACUUGAGUGUCCAUCUAAAAUUUCAACAAUUUUCUUUUACUACUUUUUAAAAACUAUUUGUUUACAUUUAAAAUUAAUGGUUAAUCGAGUAAGAUAAUAGUGAAAGCUUAUUUUUCUAUUUAGGUAUUAGUAAAAUUAAAGUAAGUUGCAAAUUUCAAAUUCAAUUUAUAAAUUAUUACAUCAGAAUUUACUGAUUACUUUCUGUUCCAAUUAUUUGUUAUUAAUGAAGUUGUUUUACGCUUGUUUCAUGACGUAAAUUAUCAUCCAUUUUUAGAAAUUCAAAAAUAUUUAGACUUGAUAGCUUGAAUUUGAAAUAUGGCUUUUGUUAAAAUAUCUUUAUUUCAGCCUGUUAAAUUUUAGCAGUUAGACUUUCUUUUUUUUUCGCACAUAGUGCUUCUGAUAUGCUGGUUUUAAUUUAUGUUUUGUAUAGAAAUUUCUUAGAGAAUUUUUAUUUAUAUGAAAUCAUUGUUCAUAGUUUCAAUUGUUAAUUUUAUUUAAAGAUCUUACGUCUUCCAGUCCAAAUUUUUAUCUGAAAUUUUUUAUUGUUAGGAAAUAUUAUUACUCUGGAAUUGCCUUGAAAGAUAUACUAUUUAACAUGGAAUUAUUAGAUUAAAAAAUUUUAAUGCAAUGCUCCUUUAUGCAUGACCUAAUGUUUACUGCUGCCUAAUUUUCACAUUGACUUUCAACAUUUAAUUUUCAUAUUUAUUCAGAUUUUAACUUUUUAUUGGCAUUUUUUAGAAUCUUUUAAAAUUUCUAGAAUAAUUUUAAUUUUAAAAGAUGUUAUUUUUUCACAUAUUUAUUGAGAAUGCAGAUCAGCUUUGCAUUCCUUUCUUAAUUUAUUUAACAAAUAACUGUUAUUUUUGUACAAUUCUAUUUAUUUAUUUGUUCUGAUGAUCAUAUUUAAUUAUUUAUUUUGUAUUUAAACACCACCCCCAUUGUUUCUCUUUUUUUCUAUAAAUGUGAGUAGUUGAGGACAAAAUUCAGUUCCUAGUAACUUAUUGAGAAAAAUAGAUUUGAGCAAUAAAUCCAUAUUAAUAUAUGUUGAUGCAGGGAUGACUAACGAUUGUAAAUUUUUUGUGGGUUGCAGCAGGGAAAAAAAGAAUUUUUUACAGAAGUUCAUCUAUUUUAAAUAAUUGCUGUUCCUUUGCAGCUUGGAAUUGUUAUUCCAAUGUGCUGCAUUAAAUUUGGCUUACAACUGAUGAAACAACAACAACACGAACAAUGAAUUGUUUAAAAAUUUGUGUUUUUCCGAAAUAGAUCGUUGCAGAAUUUUAAACCGUAAUUCCAAAAUAAAAAUGACGUAUGUAUAUGUUACACUUUUUUGGCAUGACAUAUACACCUUCACAACACAAAGAUAUUUUUUAAGUUAAUGAAUUAUAUAGCAGAAAAAAAUAUUUUCGAUUUUUAAAGGGAAUACAUUAUAAAAAUUAAAAAAUUCGUUUUUUGUAAUGAAUAGGUGUAUAUAUUGCGCCAAAAUAGACGUAACACAAAAAAUUGGAGGAUGUUAUGAACAGCCUGGGCAGGUGUUCUUUAAAAUAAAAUUCAUUCAUUUAAUAUAGUGUUCGAAAAAAAAGAGGAAUGCAACUCAAAAGCAAGUAAACAUUUGAUUUAGUUUAGUAAAUUUUUGGCAUUAAUAAUAAUGUUUUUUUUUUUUUUUUUAAUUGAGCUCAGUGGAUACAUAUUUGGCUUAAUGUAUUUCUUUUUGAGGCAAAAAUGUUGUUCUAUAAUUUUAAUGAGGAACAAGAAAAAUUGAUUUUUGUGUUAUUAACUUUCAGUCAGAGUACUAUAACGCUUAAAAACUUUGUAAAGUCUCGCUUAUUUGGUUGAUGUAAAAUUAAGUUAACUUAGCUAGGGUAAAUGUUGAAUAAGAUUUCAAAAACAAGUUCUAAAUAUAUGUUAGCAUCCCUGCAAUGAGCAAGUGAGUGUUUCUCAUUAAAUUACACUUUGUAUUAAAUUAAAUGUCAUGUUAAUCAUU